GACUAGGUGAGAGAGGCACAGAGCAGGUGAGACAGGGACAGAGAGGGACAGAGAGGGGGUGUGUGAUGGCUGCAGCGUCCCGUCCGCGGGCCUCCUCAUCCCGCUCGGGCUCAGUGCUGGAGGAGGAGCUGUCGUGCCCCGUGUGCUGUGAGAUUUUCCGUGAGCCGGUGGUGCUGAAGUGCAGCCACAGCUUCUGCAAGGCCUGCCUGCAGCAGUUCUGGCGGAAGCGGCCGUCGGCGCGGGAGUGCCCGGUGUGCCGGCGCCGCUGCUCCCUCACCGAGCCGCCCGUCAGCCUGGCCCUCAAAAACGUGUCAGAGACCUUCCUGCGGGAGCGGGGCCUGGCUCCCGGGGCGCGCGCCGAGGUGCUGUGUGCUCCCCAUGCCGAGCCCCUCAAACUCUUCUGUCAGGACGACCUGGAGGCGCUGUGCUUCGUGUGCCACACGUCCCGGAAGCACGCCGGCCACCGCGUCUGCCCGUUGGAGGAGGCUGCGCUCGACCUGAAGGACGAGCUGAAGAAAGACCUGGGCCCUUUGAAAAAGAACCUGCGAUUCCUGUACGAGGCCAAGCAGGAGUGUGAGGACAUGACCGUACACAUCAAGAGUCAGAACCAGCGGACGGAGCAGCGCAUCAGGGAGGAGUUUGAGCAGCUGCAGCAGUUCCUGCGCUGUGAGGAGGCGUCUCGGCUGGCUGCCCUGAGGCAGGAGCAGGAGCAGAAGAGGCAGCUGGUCAGGAGGAGGACGGAGAGCAUCACCCGCGAGAUCCUCUCCCUGUCUCACGCCAUCAUCGCCGUGGACAACGAGAUCGCCACCAACGACGCCCUCUUCCUCCAGAACUACAAGAACACGAAAAGAAGAGCUCAGUGCACUGUGCAGGAUCCAGAGAUGGUUUCAGGGGCACUGAUAGACGUGGCCAAACACCUGGGCAACCUGAAGUACAGAGUCUGGGAGAAGAUGCUGGGAAUUAUUCAAUACACCCCUGUGACCCUGGACCCCAACACGGCCUAUCCCUGGCUCUCGCUGUCCGAGGACCUGACCAGCGUGACCAACAGCGGGGCGGUGCUGAAGGUACCGGACAACCCGGAGCGCUUUGACCACUUCGUGUUCGUGCUGGGCUCGGAGGGCUUCGGCGCCGGGCGCCACGCCUGGGAGGUGCACGUGGGCGACAAGGGGGACUGGGUGCUGGGCGUGGUCAAGGAGUCCAUCAGCAGGAAGGGGAAGAUCUCAGGCAGCCCCGAGGGAGGCUUCUGGACCAUAUCGCACUGUGAGGGCGAGUACAUCGCCAUGACGACGCCACGCACCCAGCUGACCCUGGAGCGGCCCCUGGAGAGGAUUCGGGUGCAGCUGGACUGUGACGCCGGGGAGGUGUCCUUCUCCAACCCCGCAGACAUGACCCCCAUUUACACCUUCAACGACUGCUUCACCGAGAAGAUGUUCCCCUUCUUCUGCCCCGGGGCAAACAUCAAUGGCAACAACCCCGGUCCCCUCAAGAUCUGCCCUGUGAAAGUGGCAGUUUGGAAUAGCGCCACCUGGUGAUGGCAGAGGGCUGUGGCAGCAGACUGAAUGCUGGGUAUCUGUGUUUGCUGGGAGGCGUGAGAUUAGUUUUAAGGAGAAUUUAUCCACAAUUAUUCUAAUUCCUUUUAAUCUGUCAAAACUG